AUGUCUGAUUGUGAUCCUUGUGACCCUGAGAGAGAAAUUGUUGAGAGAUCUGAACAGACAUCAAAUAGCACAGUAUCAAAGCCAACUUCACCUAUUUCAGAUGAAUCUUCUGGCAAGCGUCCAGCAAAACGCCUGAAGGCUGAUGCUCCCACUCUUGUCAAUGUCAAUCAAGUAGAGAGUCCAAAGGAGCAAAAACCUGUUAUGAAUGAGAAUCAUGUAUCUGGUGGUGAAACAGUACAAUCAGAAAUCACAGAAUUACCUGCAAAAUCACCUUGCAGUUCAUCGGGAGACAUUAAUGCUGACAGCAAUAAUACGCUUGAACAGGGUAGUAAAGAUGCACCUAACAUGGAGAUUGUUAAGGAAGAGGAAUUGUACUGUGCAAAGGGUGACAUUGAGAUGAAAGAGGCUAAGACUGUUGCAUUGGAUCAGACAUCAAGAGGGGUCAAUUUAAGUUCAAGGCGAAAGAGAGGGGCUUCUAUACUUUAUGCAUUAACUGCUGAGGAGCUUAGAGAUCACAUGAGUAGUCUAAUAAACCAGCAUACUUGUCUGAGCAAAGUGACACCUCAAGAAUUCCCAUCAAUUGAUGGAUUGCCUGAUCAGAAUACAUGCAGUUUGUGUGGGAUGGAGAGGCUUCUUUUCGAACCUCCUCCACGAUUUUGUGCUCUCUGUUUCAAAAUUAUAAAUUCUGCAGGGUGCUAUUAUGUUGAAGUUGAAAAUGGAAGUGAGAAAACUUCUAUAUGUAGCAAAUGCCACCAUCUUAGCAGUUCAAGAGCUAAAUAUCAGAAGAAAUUUAAUUAUGCAGAAACAGAUGCUGAGGCUGAGUGGUGGGUACAGUGCGACAAGUGCAAAGCUUGGCAGCAUGAAAUCUGUGCUCUUUUUAACAGAAAGUGUGAAGGGGCAAAGGCUGAGUAUACUUGCGCAAAAUGUUUUUUGAAUGAAAAGGAUAGCGGAGAUAUUCAGGCACUGGAGUCAUCCACUGUUCUUGGGGCACAGGAGUUACCAAGAACUAAGCUAAGUGAUCAUAUUGAGCAAAGGCUUUCAGAGAGGCUUGAGCAGGACAGGCAACAGAGGGCGAGCGCCUCUGGAAAAGUUGCUGAAGAGGUACCAGGUGUGAAAGGUCUUACAGCUAGAGUAGUUUCUUCAGCUGAAAGAAUACUACAAGUCCAACCACGUUUUCGUGAUUUUUUUAAACAAGAAAAGUAUCCUGGGGAAUUUCCAUACAAAUCGAAGGCCAUUCUCUUGUUUCAAAAGAUUGAAGGUGUGGAUGUUUGCCUGUUCGCCAUGUAUGUACAAGAGUAUGGUUCAGAUUGCCCAUCACCAAAUCAAAGACAUGUUUAUCUUGCAUAUAUCGAUUCUGUCAAAUAUUUCCGGCCUGAAAUCAAAUCUGCAAGUGGAGAAGCUCUUCGUACCUUUGUGUAUCAUGAAAUUUUGAUUGGUUAUCUGGACUACUGCAAGAAACGAGGAUUUGUAAGCUGUUCCAUAUGGGCUUGCCCAUCUACGAAGCGUGAUGAUUAUGUUUUAUAUUGUCAUCCAACAGUACAAAAGAUGCCCAAGUCUGACAAGCUUCGAAGCUGGUACCAGAACUUGAUCAAGAAGGCCGUUAAGGAGGGCGUUGUUGUGGAGCGUAAUACACUCUCUGACUUCUUCCUUCAGCCUACAAAUGAGUGCAAGGCCAAUAUUUCAGCAGCAUGCUUGCCAUAUUGUGAGAAUGAUUUCUGGCCUGGAGAAGCAGAGAGGCUCCUUGAGAAGAAAGAUGAUAAUACUUCACAGAAGAAAGAGACACAGGUAGGAAGGCUCUUGCGUGUUGCCAAACGCGACGACAGAAAAGGAAACCUUGAGGAUAUUUUGCUUGUGCACAAGCUUGGGGAAAGGAUGCGCACCAUGAAAGAAGAUUUCAUUAUGCUUUGUCUGCAACAGUUUUGCAAGCACUGUCACCAGCCUGUCGUAUCUGGCAAAAGUUGGGUUUGCACUAGCUGUAAAAAUUUCCAUCUUUGUGACAAGUGUCAUGCAGAGGAGCAGAAUACGGCACAGAAGGACAGGCAUCCGGCCACCACAAAACAGAAGCAUGCAUUUCAAAGAAUGGAGGUAGAACCUCUUCCGGAGACUGAUGAUGGAGAUCCGACAAUGGAAAGUAAGUAUUUUGACAGCAGGAUCGAUUUCUUGAAGCACUGCCAAGACAAUCAAUUCCAGUUUGAUACCCUCCGGCGGGCAAAGCACUCUACAAUGAUGAUUCUGUAUUAUCUACACAAUUCGACCUGCUCUGCUUGCCAUCGUGCUGUGGAUCAAUGCUUGGUGUGGCGGUGCCUAGAGUGCCUGGGCUGCACCUUUUGUGAUCAAUGCUAUAAACAAAAUGGUCAAAGUUUGCAUAGUCAUGAAUUAAGGCAGAUUCACACUAGUGAAACUUUGCAGAAGCACACUCUACAGGAUUACAUUGAUGGCCUUGUUCAUGCAUCGAGGUGCUAUGAUCCACGUAACUGCACACAUCCAGUUUGUUUAACCCUGAAGAAAUUGUUCUUCCAUGGUGUACGAUGUGAUAUCCGUGCCCGCAAUUGGAGUGGUUGCAAUAAGUGUGUCUUUAUGUGGAAACUUCUGCUCUGCCACUCAAAAGAUUGCAACGUUGUAGACUGUCUGGUGCCUAGAUGCAGGGAUAUAAAGGCAUACAUAGCUGAAAAGUUGAAGCUUGUUGGUCCUGUGUUGUAG